GGUAUUUUACAUGUUUAACGCCCUACUGGUCGCGUGUUGUGCAGGUACAUAACAACCUGCCCAACAGCUUUCCGUAUCUGACAGCUCAAAACCUCGCACGCAAGGCGACAGAAGGAACUACCAAGCUUGCUGAGAAUCUACGACCAGUUGAGAGGACAAAAAAUGGCCAACAGGUUACGUUCUACCUUCCUGGCGACGGCAGCACUGGUGGUACUGCUGGCGUUCUUUACCGGCACAUCUGCACAAACAUCUGCAGCCCCCAGCACUGCAGCAGCCGGAGGUUCUACUGCAGCCCCGACCACCCCUCCCAUGACCAAGAUGCGGUACGAAGUCGUGAUGGUGUUUGAGGCAAGCUCCAUCUGGGCAAUCAUUCUCAUGCUCACUAUUCUCGUCGCAGACGCAUGCUUGAGCUACGGUGUGGUGAAGCAUGUGGCGAGUAUCGGGCCGCUGUUCGGGAUGCUCAUCGCAGGAGCCGCGCUCACUAUGGCACCUCUUCUUGGAGGAAGCAGCCAACAGGAAGGAUUUAAUACCAUCAUGAUCCAGGGUAGCAUUGUGGCAGCGCUGUUUUUCUUCGCCGCUUUUGGUGGAUUCAAAUCCAAGAAAUACAUCGGAACACCUGACUGCAAAGCCGGGCGUGACCUGCCGUACACCACCCUGUCCCUGCUGUGCUCCUGCGGGGUGAUGCCCGCCAUCUCAGGGACCAUCACUGCCGCUACGAACGUCACACCAGGUUACCAGUGGCCCGGCAUGAUCAUGGGCAGCAUCUGUGUCGGCCUGAUGACGACCAACAUGAUCUGGUACAUCACCCGCGCUGUUACAGCCAAAAACAGGGUCGCAAGAGUUGCUGAGACUGCUAAUAAUGUCAGCAUGACGGCCAAGUAGUGAGUGAAACAAGAAAAUGGAGAGAUGUAAAAAUGAAGCCUCAUCCUUCCACAAAGUCCAGUUUCAUCCACCCACCCCUCCAUCCAUCCAUCCUUCUCUACCU